UUAUUGCAUGCACGCAUGCAUAUAUUAGUAUAAUAUUGUAACACAGAAAAAGAGAUAAGAGAGUGAAUUCAACAAUGUCAUUGGAUCACACACCUUUCAUAACUCCAAGAGGAUCCGUUUCCUCGAGCAUUGGAAACUCUGCAGAACUUGAUGCUAAUCUCACACUCAGUGAUAAGCUUAAGGUUUUCAAAAGCUCUACUUUUGAUCCUAAUGCCUAUGUUGCUUCCAAAUCCCGCAGCAUGAACGAGAAGGAGAUAAGACACUUGUGUGCUUAUCUUGUUGACCUUAAGAAGGCUUCUGCUGAAGAAAUGCGCAAAAGCGUUCUUGCUAACUACUCGGCCUUCAUACGGACUUCCAAAGAGAUUUCAGAUCUUGAAGGAGAGCUGCUUUCCAUGAGAAACCUUUUAUCAAACCAAGCUGCAUUGGUUCAUGGUUUGGCCGAAGGGUGUCAGCUCGGUUCGUUGGUGACCGGAAACGAAGAUUCAGACAUGGACGAUAUAAUAAACGAGAAAACAGACAUAUCCAAGACAGAAAAAUGGCUAAUAGGAUACCUUGAAACCCUUGAUGUUCUAUUAGCUGAGAAAAGAGUGGAAGAAUCAAUGGCAGCCUUGGAAGAAGGAGAAAAAAUGACAAAAGAAAUUAUACAAGGGAGAACUUUAAGUCCGAGUUUAUUUCACGCGCUUCAAAACGCCAUUACUGAACACAGACAAAAACUAGCUGAUCAGCUGGCAGAAACAAUCUGCCAACCGUCAACUCGCGGAGCGGAGAUUCGAUCAACAGCGUUAGCGUUGAAAAUUCUCGGGGACGGUCCUCGUGCUCAUACGUUACUUCUUAAAUCUCACAAAGAAAAGUUGAGCCGUAACAUGCAAAGUCUCGAGUCCACAACUUAUGGAGGAGUUAGUGCAUACACUGCAUCAAUUUCACAUCUUGUUUUUUCAACUAUUUCGCAAGCAGCAUCAGAUUCUUUGACAGUUUUUGCUGGAGAAGAACCUGCGUAUACUUCUGAGCUAGUAACUUGGGCAGUAAGGCAAGCCGAGUAUUUUUCGCUCCUCCUUAAGAAACGGAUUCUCGUCUCGAUAGCUGCAUCAGGAGGUCUUAGAAUCGCAUCUGAAUGUGUUCAUGUUUGUCUUAGUCACUGUCAUCUUUUAGAGGCCAGUGGGAUGGCACUUUCACCUGUGUUGAUUAAACAUUUUAGACCAUUUGUUGAACAGGCGCUUCAGACGAAUUUGAAAAGAAUUGAACAAAGCAGUGCUGCUUUAGCUGCUGCAGAUGAUUGGUUGCUCGCAUACGCACCUACUAAUAGGAGUAAUAAUACUGGCCUACCUUCAGUUUCUUCUUAUUCUAGUUUGAAUUCAUACCAGCCAAAGCUUUCAAUCAGUGCUCACAAAUUCAACUCUAUGGUUCAGGAAAUUUUUGAAGAUGUAGGGCCACUUGAAAUCCUACAAUUAGAUGGCCUUGCAUUAGAAGGACUUCACCAAGUGUUCGGCUUCUAUGUCAAUCUGUUAAUAAACGCAAUGCCAGGUUCAGCUGUGAUUGAGAAUCUAGAAGGCACUGGGCCCAAAAUAGUUAAGAUUGCUGAGACAGAAACGCAGCAGAUAGCAUUGCUAGCUAAUGCAAUAUUGCUAGCUGACGAGCUGCUACCGCGCGCUGUUAUGAAACUUUCAGUUAUCCCAAAAGGCGAUGAUGACUCUCAGAGAAGAGCGCCAGAUAAACAAAGACUUCCAGAACAGCGUGAACUGAAGAAAAGAUUCCAGCGCGAAGUUGAUCGUUUGAGAGACAGUUUCUGCAGACAGCAUGCCCUUGAACUCAUCUUCACUGAAGAUGGAGAGCCGCUUUUGAAUGCUCAAAUGUAUUUGAGUAUGGAGGAGAAAGGGGAGAUACCUGAAUGGUUUCCUUCUCCAAUUUUUCAGGAGCUUUUUGUAAAGCUUACCGGAGUGGCGAGCAUUGUUUCAGAUGUAUUUGUGGGAAGGGAAAGGUUUGCAACUAUUUUAUUGAUGAGACUUGCAGAAACAGUGAUACUAUGGCUUUCUGAUGAUCAAGCCUUUUGGGAAGACAUUGAAACAGGCCCGACUCCUUUAGGUCAGAUCGGUCUUCAACAGCUUUAUUUGGACAUGCAAUUUGUGAUGAUAUUUUCAUCACAAGGUCGUUACUUGUCUCGUCAUCUGCAUCAAGCUAUUAAAAACAUUAUUAGUAGGGCUAUUGAAGCUGUUGCUGCUACAGGGCUAGAUCCCAUGAGUGUCUUGCCAGAGGAUGAGUGGUUUGUUGAAGUUUCUGAAAUAGCUAUAAAAAUGAUAACUGGGAAAGCUGCUUUUGACAAUGUAGAGGAAGAAGAUUAUAGUCCAACUUGAUUAGCCUAAGAAUAAUCAAUGUCAGCUAUCCAUUCUCAAGGAAAGUGAUUAAAGUUUAUCCACUUAUUCAUUCUUGGCAUGUUGUGCAGAGCAAAAGGGAGAAGAGAAAUAGAAGUAUGAAGAGUUAAUGUUAUC